ACCGAAUCGCAGCAUACAUUAAUACCGAGAAGAAUCGGCGGCCCUCCUAAACCACGCACCUCUCCUAAAACGCGCGCCCAAGAUACACCAAUACUACGCUACAGACACCGUGCGAUGGGGAUCAUCGCAUUCUAUAUUCCUAUACUUGUUGUGCCAUGGGUACUAACGUGCGUACUCGCCUACUACCCGAUGGACCUACCGUCGUACAUCCAAACCGAAUUCACAGAAAGCAACAUCUCAACACAACGACGCAUUGCAAAUGCCAUCGCAGUACUCAGCUCUUUCGCCAGUAUUGCCACGAUCCCCCUCAUCUCGGCAUUGAUUGUUCAAGCCGCAGUCGUCUACACGCAAAGGCGACGGAAGAACCAAACGGUCAGCGUAUCCCAGGUUUUUGCGCUAGCAGACCGCGGAUGGUCGAAUAUCAACAUCCUCUGCGAAGCCUGGCCACCAUGGAAGAGUAACAGAACAGCAAAUGGAGACCAAGACCGACGGACCGGGCCCGGUAGUGUGUUCCUUUGGCUCGCUGCGUUGUUCCUUUUAAUCCGCGGUAUCCAGCAACCUAUCCGAGAGGGUUUCGUAUCUACAGGGCAAAUCUUGGUCAUUACCAUGGAAGACAACCUUGUGGGUUCACAGAAUGGGGCUUUUCGUGGAGGAAGAUAUACACUCUUGGGGGUGGAUCCAGAGCCAGACGACAUGUCCACGAUACCUGAGGGUGUAGUUGUGCAACAACUUGAGAAUUCACUGGCUUCUCUCUCCUUUAGUGGGCUUCCUACGAAUCUUUGGCCGGAUCUACAGGAUGCGACUCCUUUUGAACUGCGGGAUCCGGGUCUGGAUUUCUUCGUUGCUGCUUUUCCUAACGGUACAACGACCGGUAUUCUCCGACACCGCGCAAUGUGAUUUAACUCGACAAUUCGAUGUACUGAGAUUGAGCAAUCUUCGUUUCCCGCAACUUGCACGGGUGGAAAUCCCUUUCCUUCCGGUUUCACUUCCUCUGGUCAAUUGAGAGCAAAUAUCUGCGUCCCAGGUCAGCGUGGGAAGUUUCCGUCGCAGCUUUCUCGCAGCAGGCAGGACACUGUUGAAGACAUAUUUGUGGAUGUCAAUACAACGGAUAAGAAUGAUGCAC